AUGUCCCCCCUACCGGAGGAGUUCGACAUCAUUUUGGCGAACCUCGACCAUAACCUCAAGGUGCUUCUCAUUGAGGCUGGCGAGAGCAAUCUCAACAAUUCUUGGAUAUUCCGACCCGGUAUCUUUCCUCGGAAUAUGAAAUUGGACUCGAAGACUGCAACAUUCUAUGAGUCCAAGCCAUCGAAGUGGCUCGGUGGUAGAGGGGCAAUUGUACCCGCAGCUCAUGUGCUCGGCGGAGGGUCUUCCAUCAACUUCAUGAUGUACACUCGAGCUUCCGCGUCAGACUAUGAUGACUUUCAAGCCAAAGGGUGGACGACCAAGGAACUGCUUCCUCUCAUGAAGAAGCACGAAACAUACCAGCGUGCAUCUCAUAAUCGGGAUAUCCACGGCUCUGAAGGCCCCAUCAAGGUGUCUUUUGGAAACUAUACGUAUCCCAUCAAGGAUGACUUUCUCAGGGCAGCUGAAUCCCAAGGAAUUCCUGUAGUGGACGACUUACAAGAUCUGAAAACUGCCCACGGUGCUGAACAGUGGUUGAAGUGGAUCAAUCGUGAUACUGGCCGCCGGAGUGACAGUGCUCAUGCCUAUGUCCACGCCACUCGGGCCGUUCACUCAAACUUAUACCUGGCUUGUAACACCAAGGUCGAUAAGGUAAUCAUCGAGAAUGGUCGAGCGGUCGCUGUACGGACUGUUCCAACGAAGCCUAUGGGCAACGAUCGCGGAGUACGCGUUUUCCGAGCUCGCAGGCAGAUCGUCGUCUCAAGUGGAACAAUGUCCUCUCCUUUGAUCCUCCAGCGCUCUGGCAUUGGGAGCCCCGAAAAGCUGCGGCAGGCCGGAGUCAAACCAAUUGUCGAUCUUCCUGGCGUCGGUCUGAACUUUCAGGAUCAUUACUUGACUUUCAGUGUAUAUCGAGCAAAGCCGGGCACGGAGACGUUCGAUGACUUUGCCCGUGGUGACCCUGAGGUGCAAAAGCGUGUCUUCGACGAGUGGAACAUCAAAGGCACUGGACCACUGGCAACGAACGGUGUCGAGGCUGGCGUGAAGAUUCGGCCAACUGAAAAAGAGCUGAAGGAGUUUGAGAAGUGGCCAACUCCGCAUUUCAAGUCGGGCUGGGAGACAUACUUCAAGAGCAAGCCGGAUAAGCCCGUAAUGCAUUACUCGUUGAUUGCCGGCUGGUUCGGAGACCAUAUGCUCAUGCCUCCUGGCAACUUCUUUACCAUGUUUCACUUCCUGGAAUAUCCCUUCUCACGCGGUUCGACACACAUCAGGUCGGCUGACCCGUACGAAGUACCGGACUUUGAUGCUGGGUUUAUGAAUGACGAGCGCGAUAUGGUCCCGAUGGUAUGGCGCUAUAUCAAGUCGCGUGAAACCGCUCGCAGGAUGGAUGCAUAUGCUGGUGAAGUGCAGAAUAUGCAUCCUUUCUUCAACUUCGACUCUCCGGCACGCGCGCACGACCUCGAUUUGGAGGACACUAACAAGUAUGCUCUGCCUGGAAACAUCACUGCUGGUAUCCAACACGGCAGCUGGACGGUGCCAGUGCCACCGGCGGAUGAGAAGCCCAACGUGCUACAUGUGACGAGCAACCGCAAGGCGAAGAGGAAGGAGCUGAAGUAUUCCAACGAGGACAUCAAAGCCGUCGAGGAUUGGGUGAAGCGUCAUGUCGAGACGACAUGGCAUUGCCUGGGCACGUGUUCCAUGGCCCCUCGAGAAGGCAAUAGCAUUGUCAAGCACGGUGUCUUGGAUGAGCGCCUUAACGUUCAUGGCGUCAAGGGCUUGAAGGUGGCGGACCUUAGUAUCUGCCCCGACAAUGUCGGCUGCAACACUUAUUCGACCGCUCUGCUCAUCGGCGAGAAGGCGGCUGUCCUUGUGGCAGAAGACUUGGGGUACUCGGGCGAAGCCCUCCAAAUGAAGGUUCCCGAUUAUCACGCGCCGGGCGAGAGCAGACUUAGCUCAAGACUUUGA